AUGGCUCUGAGUGGCAACUGCAGGACUUACCUUCCUGCUCGAGAGCAGGGGACUGGGCUGCACUCCUUCCCGGAGGUAGUGGAGCUAAACGUGGGCGGCCAGGUUUACUUCACUCGCCACUCCACCUUGGUUGGCACCCCUCACUCCCUGCUGUGGAAAAUGUUCACCCCAAAGAGAGACACAGCCAACGAUCUGGCCAAGGACUCCAAGGGAAGAUUCUUCAUCGACAGAGAUGGUUUCCUUUUCCGCUAUAUUCUGGACUAUCUCAGGGACAAGCAAGUGGUUCUGCCCGACCACUUCCCAGAGAAGGGAAGGCUCAAGAGGGAGGCUGAGUACUUCCAGCUCCCGGACUUGGUCAAACUCCUGACUCCCGAUGACAGCAAGCAAAGCCCCGAUGAUUAUUGCCACAGUGACUACGAAGAGGUCUCCCAAGGCAGUGACACGAGAAUAUGCCCACCCUCAUCACUCUUACCGCCUGAUCGGAAGUGGGGAUUCAUUACCAUCGGGUACCGGGGGUCAUGCACUAUCGGCAGGGAGAGCCAAGCAGAUGCCAAAUUCAGGCGGGUCCCAAGGAUUUUGGUUUGUGGAAGGAUUGCUCUGGUCAAAGAGGUCUUUGGAGAAAGUUUGAAUGAAAGCAGAGACCCAGACAGGGCUCCAGAAAGGUACACCUCCAGGUUUUAUCUCAAGUUCAAGCACCUGGAGAGGGCUUUCGACAUGUUGUCCGAGUGUGGAUUCCACAUGGUGGCCUGUAACUCCUCGGUGACGGCUUCCUUUGUCAACCAGUACACAGACGACAAGGUCUGGUCCAGCUACACUGAAUACGUCUUCUACCGUAAGUACAGGACAUUUCGGGGGAAAAUGUAA